AUGGCACUGACAGAGAGCAUUGUUGACCUGCUGCUAUGCAAGCCCGUCUUUCUUGGCCUGGCAGCAUGCGCUCUGCUCUUCCUCGUCGGGCGGGCACUCGAGCCAAGCGUCGACGGCCUUGAGCCUCCGAUCCUUAGGCAUAACAUCCCUAUAUUUGGUCAUUUCUACAGUAUACUCAAGGACCAGGAAGCAUUCUUCAAACGUCUCGACAAAAAGUAUCACAUGCCCAUCGCAACUAUUCCCAUUUUGAAUAGUAAAAUGUAUGCGAUAACGGAUCCCAUUCUAGUCCAGUCGGCGUAUUGCAACAAGCAUCUCUCCUUCACCCCUUUUGCUGUAGGCGGUGCCCAGAAGGUGGCGGGCUUCGAUGAUGCGUAUCAUCAAGUGCUCAUGCAGUCAAAUGUCUUGCCCGAAUACUUCAAGAGCAUCUAUGACGGGACUACUGCCCGGCACAUCCACCAGUUGAAUGUCACCUCCCUCAAGCACGUUUCAAAGCACAUUAAUAGCAUUGGAGGAGAUGGCAUAGAUGCUGCUAAUACCUACCUCUGGCUGCGCAAUCUCAUGACCGUCGCUACAUGCGAGGCUCUGUAUGGUCCUGACAAUCCCAUCAGGGGCGACGAACUUGUAGAGGAUGUCUGGACGUUCGAAACGGGUCUGCCUUACCUCUUCUUCCAUAUUUUCAAUUCCAAGACACUGCGGCGUACAAAAGAGGCAAGACGAAGGCUGCAGCUAGCUUUGGGAAAGUGGUGCACGACCAUGAAGCAGGACGACGAACAGGUCUCGGCCUAUAUCAGAAAUCGGGUCGGCAUUCUUCGAGGAUACGGCGUCGAAGGGCAAAAACUUGGUGACAUUGAGGUUGGCCUCAUUCAUGUGCCAACAUCAAACUCCAUCCCGACCAUAUUCUGGUUCUUCAUCCAUGUCUUCACGCGGCCCAAUCUGGUCGUCCAACUGCGCGCUGAAGUUGAGCCCAUUGCGAGGCGUGGUCCGGGCCAUGUAGUGACCAUCAACGUAGACGACAUCCUCGAAAGGUGCCCUCUGUUGAUCAGCGCCUACCGUGAGGCCAGCCGCCUCUGCAAUGGAUUCACCUGUAACCGAAUGGUCCUAGAGGACACGACCAUCACGGACAGACAUGACCGCUCGUACCUGCUCAAGAAAGGCGCCACCGUGAAGAUGCCUGCAGGAGUCGCGCAUGCCUCGGAGGACAUAUGGGGCGAAGAUGCAGCGGCAUUCCGAGCCGAUAGAUUCCUGGACAAGGGACUGACGAGCGAACAAGCCAAGUUGAGACGUGCUGCCUUUACACCAUUCGGCGGAGGCGCUCAUAUGUGUCCUGGGCGGAAUUUCGCCACGGCCGAGAUUUACGGCUUCGUGGCCGCGCUGCUCCUGGGUUAUAACGUGGAACCCUUGGACGGGAACUGGGAUACGUACAAGCCGCCGCCCAUGUCUACGUGUCCCCAAGUGACGUCUGUGUGCAAGCCAGAAGACGAGGCUUCCGUGUGCGGUACCCGCCUGACUAGACGAAAUGGAUGGGAGGCAGCGCAGUGGAGGUUUAUCUCUGGCGAAGUCAUAGAGUGA